AUGGAAGAGUAUUUCAGCAAGGAAGAAGAGCCACUGCGCGUGAAGACAUUUGAGAAUCUGCAGGUCCUAACCGAGAUUCUAUCAUCUAGAAAAUUGAAGUUUUACCAGAAUCAAGUGAGCAUCUGUGAAUGGAAUGACCAGCUCCGGCGGUUGAAGAGAUGGGCAGACAAGGUCGUUACACGCGAGUCCGAUAUAGACUCGAUAGACUACCGGCUGCGCGGGUUUCCGGGCCUCGUACGCCAACUACGAGAAGGUCUAUACGACUUGCAUCUUAGGCUUAAUGAUCUUCAAAUCUAUAUAUUGACUGAUGAUUACCGAGUAGGUAGCCAGUUAGGGCUAUGGAAUUUAUACUGUCGCCUCGCCGGCCCUCAACCCAACACCAUACAAUCUAAGAUGGAUAGUGAGACCUUAUUCCAAUUCAAUGAGUCCGACGAUACGUAUGUGCGCGAGGCCUACCCCCAUGCUGAUGAAACGUUCGUCAACCAGUUGGGCGAGUCCAUAUCAGGACGCCAGGCGAUGCUGCGACACCGACAACAACAGAAGAAGCCCGACCCACUAAUGAACGAGAUGGUGAGUGACAAGCCUACAUGGCUCGCACACCUCAGUCGAGACUAUCACACGUUAGAGGACAAAGUCGUAUCAUCCGUCCCAUUACCAGGCCUUGCCUUUAAGCACGACUUGUCGUUCGAAUGCCCCUACUGA